UAAAAUUUAAACAAUUUUCGGUUAUAUUUCCUUGUUUUAAAUAAAAAUUCAAAUAGCCAAACAUUCAAAUUUCCCGCCGAAAAAAACAACUCGGUUUUCCAAGCCUGCUAGAUUUAAAAAUCAACCAAUGCUUGUUGCCACUUUUGACUACAGCGCUUUUAAUUCUCUUAUGUUCUGUGGUCAGUUGUGCAGACAUUAUGCUACUGUUAAGAUUUAUAUUUGUAUUUGGUUUGGUUUACUGUGAUGUUAGCCAUGUGGGGUAUAAUUACCCCCCUGUGCAAUUCGAUGAAACCACCACCGUGGGUUAUGUUUAUUUACCACCCCAAAUACCAUCGCUUGUUCCAACGUAUUUACCACCACCCCCCGAUAUUUUUAAUGACGACGAUACGAUUGUGGUGCAACCUCCAACGCUAUAUGGACCACCAGGCCCUCAGGUCAAAGUCCAAAACAUGUCCUGUGAAGUUGAUACUAAAUUUCAAUCGAUGAUACACAUAUCGGGUCGACUUGCUGGCUUACCUCCACUAAUCGCUGAAGAUGGUGCGGACAACUGCGUGCAACACAUACAAGGCACCAACAACUUCUACAUAGAUUUAACCAGCGCCAAAAAAAUGCAGGAAUGUGGUGUUGCGACAUGUGAAAAAGGUAAAAUGUGUGUUCACUUAAGAAUGCCAACUGUGAGACAUCUAAAACUUCCCGAGGAUAAUUUGGUUACUCUUCAAUGUGCCCCCCAGGAAAAUGUAGCAGUACACACUAAACAUAUAAGAUUGGGAUCCAAUAUAGUUAGUAAGAAUGGUAGAGGUAGAUCUGUGAAUAAUAACAUUAUCGCAUCUGGCGGUAGCCAAAGAAACUUUGAAACUAAAAUCAGUUUGUUCAGAAAAUCUUUAGGAAGCGAUAAUUUUAAUCAGUUGGUACUACCUGGAAGUGCCGUACAUUUAGGGGAGGAUUUAGUUUUACGAGUAGCAGUACAAGAUGGAGAUGGUUGGCAUUACAGCAGGAUGGGUUCAGUUUUGAUACGAAGCGCGUCAAGUCCAAAAUCGAUAAAUUUAUUAGACGGAAACGGUUGCUUGAUACCAACUAUGAAAAAUGUUUGCCCCAACCAACCAAGCCAAUUAAGUAAUUUGGUCACAGUGUUGCCGUUUAGGGCUUUUUUAUUUCAGGGUGUUUCAAAGGAUGACGUGAUGUUGCUUUCUGUUAACAUGUUUGGUUGUGUUAAAAGGCAGGAUUGUUUUCAGGGUGGUUUUUGUGAAAAUCCAAUAAAAUCAGGAUCACGUUUCAGGAGGGGUGUAAUAAAGAACGAAACGAAUCUAAUUAAUAAAGUAAUGGAAAAAGAUAUAGAGAAUUGGGAAACCCAAUUUGAAUUUAGAGUAUCGUCCGAACCCGAGUCAACCGAGGAAAACGUUGUAAAAAAUAUAUUUUCAAGUGAAUUUAUUGUUUUAACGUCUUUGUUAAGCAUGCUUGUAUUGGUUAUUUUUAUUGUUUAUGUCGGUAGAAGGGUUUUAAAUUUAAUUAAAAAAUAGUUAAUAUUUAUACAUGCAUAGUUGAUUUAAAUAAAACAUUUUUUC